AUGCCCCUAAGCAGUUUCCUAGACGACUACAGCGAGGGCGCACACCCACAUAUCCUGGACAAACUCUGCGAAACCAAUCUCUCACAGCAAAAGCCAUACGGUGACGACGAGUACUCCGAUAAGGCCAAAGAACAUCUCCGAGAUAAAUUGCAGUCUCCUGAUGCCGCAAUUUAUUUUGUAGCGAGCGGCACCCUCGCCAACAUAAUAUCCAUUGCAAACUGCCUACGUCCACACGAAGCCGUCAUCUCAGCUAGUAGUGGGCAUAUACUAGUUAGAGAGACCGGUGCAAUCGAGGCUAUAGGACACAAGAUCAUUGUUGUUGACCAGGAAAACGGGAAAUUAACACCCAAGGGUAUACAAGAUGCGCUACACAAGAAUGCACACUACCCUCAUAUGGCGAAGCCCCGGCUUGUGUAUCUAUCAAACGCUACGGAGGUCGGCACUCUCUAUACCAGGGCUGAGCUGACCGCCGUCUCCCUCCUAUGCCGGCAACGCGGCCUGCUUCUCUUCGUUGAUGGCGCUCGUCUCGGAGCCGCCUUGUCAGCGGUGAAGAAUGACGUGACACUACCAGACCUGGUCCGGUUAACAGACCUCUUCUGGAUUGGUGGCACGAAGGUGGGGAUGCUACUCGGCGAAGCCAUUGUUAUCAACAACAAAGCUCUCGCAGAAGACUUCUCGUUCCAUAUUAAGCAACGUGGAGGCCUCCUCGCCAAGGGUCGGAUCCUCGGAGUCCAGUUCCUGGAGAUGUUCCGUUCCAAUCUCUACUUUGAGUUGGCGAAGCACGCCAACGAAAUGGCACAGCUCCUAUCCUCUGGUCUUACGGGCGCAGGAUACAAGUUGGAUGCUGAAACAGAAACUAAUCAGGUGUUUGCUAUUCUACCAAAUGCCUUGAUUGCAAAGCUUCAAAACGAGUUUCAAUUCUAUGUAUGGGAAGAAGUUCCUGGCGAUAAGGCUGUGGUUCGCCUUGUCACUUCAUGGGCAACGAGCAAAGAGCAGGUCGCCGCCUUUGUGAAAAGGUUAGACGGCUAA